CGCAGGCAGAUAAAGCUUGACGUUUCGGUUUCGCGUCGCCGCUACCAAGCACUGCAUCCGUAAACAAAGCCACCCGCAAACCCAAAAUAUUGUACUCCUGCGCUGAUUUUAGUUUCUGGUUUUAGUUCGCGCUGCAGCUUCCCCAUAAUCUUGCUGGAGCUUCGGUGAAUGGUCGGUGCACGCAUGGUUGGUGCCGAAGUGAGGAGGAAAGUGCCCAGCAAGUACGGCAGAGACGUGCCGAGGGGAAUGGUUUGCCUGGUGUGUUGGUAGCUAGCUGGCGCACUGUGCAAUUGAGAGUGCGACAAGGUACCGCCAGCAGUUAACGUAGACGGUACGCGCUAGGGAGGUGGGAGCCCAGCUGCUGUGGGUGAACGCCUGCGCCUUCGACCUAGCCACGUAGGGAUAGCGCGGAAUGGAGGAAGAGUUCGAGGAUGAGGCGUGGAAUAACAGUGCUGGUCGGGGCAAUGCGCCCGAAGAAGAGGUGGAAAACCACGAGGAACCGUCCGAAAACCCGAAGGCGGUGGUGAGCGACUGUCUGCAGUUGUUCUCAAGCGUCGACUACAUCAUGGAGCCGGGGAUCUUUGUGCAGCUGAAGCGCUACUUUCAGGCAGGCGGCACACCGGAACAAGUGAUCAACACCCUGUCCGCCAACUACACGGCGGUGGCGCAGACGGCGAACCUGCUCGCCGAGUGGCUGAUCAUGGCGGGGGUGCGCGUGACCGACGUGCAGGCGAUGGUCGAGAACCACCUGAAGGACAUGAUACUGAAGACGUUCGAUCCGAAGAAGGCGGACAAAAUCUUCACCGAGGAGGGCGAAACGCCCGGCUGGCUGACGGAGAUGAUCGAGCACCACACGUGGCGGUCGCUCAUCUACCGGCUGGCGGAGGAGUACCCGGAGUGCCUGAUGCUCAACUUCACCAUCAAGCUGAUCUCGGACGCCGGCUUCCAGAGCGAGAUUACCUCGAUCUCGACCGCCGCCCAGCAGAUCGAGGUGUUUUCGCGCGUGCUCAAGACCGCGAUCGCCAAGUUCCUGAGCCACCCGGAGGACUGGCAGGGUGCGAUCGAGGAGGUGGCCAAGAUGGUGUGCCACGGGCAGCACACGUACGUGUACAGCCAGGUCCUGAUCCAGGUGCUGUCGCAGGAAGCGAAGGGGGGCUUUAUCAUGAAGCGGCUGUCGCAGGAAAUUACUAAAUACGCGCUGAAAAACAAUCACAACGUCACGCCGAUCACGAUGGCACUGAACGGGUCGUCCCGGCAUCCGCAGGCCUGCGAAGCGCUCACCUCGAUGCUGUCCCGCAACACGCUCAACCCGGCCGACAUUACCGUGCUGUACCGGAACUACACCUCGCCCGAGCCGCCCCCGAUCGAUCUGAUACGCAAUCCGCAGUUUCUCGAGCUGCUGGUCGACUCGCUGUUCAAGGUCGGCGUCAAGAUCAACCAGGAGCACAAGUCGAAGUACAUCUAUCUGCUCGGGUACGCCGCGAGCGUGUGCGAGAUACCGACGAAGAAGGGCCAGCCGAAGGGGCACCGGGUGCUGAACAAGGACGAGCUGAAGGCGACGAUCAUCGCGAUCGAGAAGGUGCACGCGAUCUGCAACGUGAGCCGCGGCUCGAGCGAGCUGAUCGCGGACAUCUCCACGCUGUACAGCUGCAUCCGCUUUCCGGUGGUCGGCGUCGGCGUGAUCCGCUGGGUCGAGAACACCGUCACCGAGCCGUCCUACUUCAAGCUGUGCACCGAGAGCUGCCCGCUCCACCUGGCGCUGCUGGACGAGGUCGCCUGCGUGCACGCGUCCCUGCACGACCAGAUACUGCGGCUGCUGGUGCGCCUGUUCGAGUCGAAGCAGGACGAGCUGGAGAUACUGGUGCAGCUCGAGCUGAAGAAGAUGCUGCUCGACCGGAUGGUCAAUCUGCUGGCGCGCGGGUGCGUCGUGCCGGUGGUGAAGUACAUCAGCCAGUGCUGCACGCGGGGCGACACCGACAUCUCGCUCAUCCGGUACUUCGUGACGGAGGUGCUGGAGACGGUCACCCACCCGUACUCGAGCGAGUUCGUCCAGCUGUUUCUGCCGAUGGUGGAGAACGAGGAAAUUACCGGCUCGAUGCGCGGCGAGGGCGACAACGAUCCGGUGUCGGAGUUUAUCGUGCACUGCAAGGCCCACUACACGACGCUGUGAGGCGGUGGGGUUUGUUGAUCCUAGUUUCUUUUUUUUUACUUUUUUCAUCCCUGUCGCGAAUGUGUUUUUGAGACACACAUACACAUACACACACACACACACACACACACACACACACACACACACACACACACACACACACACACACACACACACACACACACACACACACACACACACACACACACACACACACACACACACACACACACACACACACACACACACACACACACACAUACGGGCACAGAGCCGUUUGCCGGGUUAUCUUUGCGUUUCGCGGCAAACGUGCAAAACGUGUGGUGUGGCUUUUUUUUCUUCUUAUGCCAAUCAGUCAUCAUUUCUUGUUAGUAUGUAAGCUUUAUCUUUAAAUUCAUUUGUUUUUUUUUAUAUAUAUAUUUGUGUCACAUUACAUUACGCAGACAACAACAAAAAAACAGCAUGGCAGACGAUUGGAAUUUUUAGCAGUAGAAGUUUAGCUGUACAGUGCUUUCACGCCCGUGGAAACAUUCAUUAAUACUGGCGCAAUAUGGAGCGUCUUUGCAAAUGAAGUUUUCUGUUUUUGCAUCCCAACUCAACCCACUUUUAACCGAUCGAUCAUGAACAUCUGGUGAAGGGCUUUAUUUUUUAAAAAUAAGUUUACCCUAAUGGAACUCUCUUUCUAUUUUGCAAUUGUGUUAACAAGCAGUUCGUAGCGUUUCCGUUUCCUUUCCGUUUCCUUUCCGUUGUUUUAUUUGUAACCUCCCCCCUCCCCCUCCCAAUUUGUCUAGGGAUCCUUGCUUCCCAGCACAAUCUUUGGCAGUGAUGCGAAGCGGCAUUAGCUGUAGGAUAAGUUUUACGAGCGCGUUACUGUCGUUGCCACCAAAUUUUGGCUCUAAGGCAUCAAUUUUUGACAGUGCGCAUGAAUUUUUGCCUCUAAGGCAUCAAUUUUUGACAGUGCGCAUAAUCUUUUUUUGCGCAUCAGUAAGUCAUCAAUUUUUGACUCUUGUAGGAAUAAUGACAAUUUUACAAGGUAUUUAAGCAGAUUUUUAACAAUUGUUAUUCCACAACUCAUAAAAAAAUACAAAAACUGUGUAAAUUGAUUGUUUCUUGAGAAAAAAUGAUGAAAUUUUAGAAUUUCUAAAGCUUUUGUUUACAGCUGAAAAUACGUGCCAAUUUUUUCACUCCAUUGAAACUGCCAAAAUUGGCAAAACAAUUGUUGUAUUUUAAAUUGUAUCAAUAAAAUUAUUCACUAUUUAACUUAAUUUCAAUCAUUUCAGAACACACCGUUUCAGAAAUUACAUAAAAUUUUGUAAAUAAAGCGAUUGACUCACAGUCAAAAAUUGAUGCGCUCUGUCAAAAAUUGAUGCCUUCGAGGCAAAAAUCGUGAAACGCUGUCAAAAAUUGGUGCCUUCGAGACAAAAAUAAGUGAGUUAGAGUCAAAAUUUAGCGGCAACGACUGUAUGAGGGAAGGAGAGCAAAAGCCAGUUAGUGAGAGGAGUAAAUAAAAUAUUAGUAUCUUAAGAAAAACAA